GGAUUUCUGCCAAGAUAUUCAUGAAUAUUCAAAAUGGAAACUUCGCAGACGGAUUCGAGUUCCCGGAACGAGGACACAAGAUUCCACUUAUUCCCUCGGCUUCCCACAGAAAUUCGACUGGAAAUCUGGCGAGCCAGCCUACCCCGCCGAAUCAUAUCCUUGGAUUCGAGAAACCCAUGUCCAGGGCCCAGCAAGGACUUUAUACAAAUCUGGCAGCGGCCACCUUCGAUUGCCUGCGUCUGUAAAGAGGCUCGCAGCGUCGCGUUUCAGCAUGGACGUCUACGUUGGGCAGAGAAUGUCGAUGGACCUGACAAACGGUUACUCGAAACUAUCCCAGAACAUAUUCUCGCCGACCACUUAUUGGCUGAUGCAAAACAGGCCAAGGCCGUGGUGAUCAGUUCGUCUUACAUGAAUUUCCACCACAUAGAGGAGACUGCACGGUUGUUGACUUUUCUGAACAAUCCGUUUCUGUACAUUGCUCGGAACUACGUCGUGCAUAUGAGUAAGGGAGAAGCAAUCGAUUCAGGGCUCUUCGGUUUCAACGCCGAAGAACCUAUUGUCCUGGUCGAUGACAAAGACAAAGAUCAGCUUCGGAAAUAUGCUGCCGUAUGCUCGCUAACAGAAGAUAAUCUCUUCCCGUUGGAAGACCACCUGGAUUCUCUUGAAAAGUCGCCAGAGUCAGAGCCCAUACACAACGAGUUUGCUCAUGGAGAUAUCUCUCGGAUGUGGCUUCAUCUUCAGAGACACGGAAUUCCGGCCUACGGAAAAGCUAAAGGCAACCCUCGGUAUGAGGGUUUAUACAAUCAAUUCGGAUUUCUCAACCGAGACCAUCAUAUGGUGAAAAGUGCAAGAGAAACCAUCCCGAAGUAUAGACUAAUGUUUGUCUUUGAACUUUGUCGGAAUUCUCGCCAUCUUUUGAUAAUGGAGCAUCAACAAAAUAAGAAAGCUUUCAACAGUGUUUGUCAGGAUAUUUUCCGCCGGAAGAUCUAUACUACGGAACAACUGCGAGAAUACCUCAUUGAUAACAUGCUAGAAUGAAAUAACAAUUCUUGAUAGUUCUUCGCAGUUUCAUUUUUCAUGUUCAAUAUCCUCCUGAUGCUUUGAUAACCUCACUGCCGAAAGACCCCUUGCCAGCUUGCUCAUUUGAACAGGAUCUUUAUCUAAUUCGGCGUAUAUCGCAACGAUAUCCGUCCCAAUACCAACUUCUUUAGCAGUAUCAAGACUGCGAUGGUCAAUUGUCGGAGCAAGAACUGGCCAGACUGCCUGCGCAUCAUCGCAAAAGAGAUCAGUAGCCACAUCUCCAAAUCCCUUGACUUCUCGAAUCAGAUGCCGUAUUUGGGUUGGAUUGUCUCCUGCUUUUUUCAACAGGUUGUUGAGAUCUCCAUCUGGAUCACACAUAUUGUUAAUUCGAUUCAUCUCCUAUUUUCUAUCAGAUGACACGCAACAUACCGUAUUUCUCAUUCACCAACUGAGCCAAGUCCCCCAGUUUAGUGGCAGUCGUCUCACGAUAACGGUUAUAGCCCCCUUCAGCCAAUACUUGAACCCUAUCGUCCCAUGACGUCUUGCUCAGUACCUUGAUAUCGUGAUAUCCAGCUUUAAAUACACUCGUCGAAGCCUUUUGUGCGAGAUUGUGUGAAAUGCGAGUUGAUUUCAACAUCGAGUCGAUGACCAUCGCUAGUAGUACCUCUGGCGUGGGCUCUAGUGGUUUAUCCACUCCAAGUCCUUCCAGAGGCAAAGUGCCGUAUUCGUCGAUCGUCUUGUGAAUUUUGUGUGCCAUGGUAGAUGUGACACUUUCACUCUUUCCCUGAUCUACCUCGUUCUUGACGUUACGCGUCUCUUCUCCAUCCUCUUUCAUAGUCUUGUUCGGUAGAGGUUGUUCAGCUUCCUCGUCUCUCUUACGCUUUUCAGGCAGUGUCACCGUGGAUGGUUCCUUCUUAUCUUCAUUGACUGCUUCUUUGAUGACUUCUUCUGUUUUCUUAUAAGUAUCUGCUUUCUUCGUCUUGGUUGCUUUCAACGUAGGUUUUGUCUUUGAUUCACCAGCCGUCGAGGCUUGACCGGAUCGUGUCUGGACCAUUCUUUUGACGAUUUGACUUUUGUUCGAGAUACUAUUUGACGAUCCUCUUAGUAUAUUGCACUUGAUUUCGCC